AUGUAUUUUAUAGACCUAAACUAAGAAUAUAGAGGUUGGAAAUUGCUUGGAAGUAAACUAAAAUAAAUCUAUUUUCAUAUUCGAUAAAACAAAGGCCAAGAGCUUCAUUAUAUAUAUAAUGGAGAAAUCAUUUAAACGUAAUAUUUCUAAUAAUUCUAAAGGGUUGAACAUAAUGAAUCAGAAACCAGACCUUAAAUAAUUACAAAUUUAGAAGUAGUAAAACAUCUUAAAUGGAUGGGGAAAUUAGAAAAAAAUGCAAAUAAAGUUGGAUUAUGGACAGCCACUUGGAAGGGAGAAAUUUUGAAUGGCGUCGGCGGUCAUUACUCUUUAGAGGGGAAAAAGUAAGGUUUAUGGAAAGAAACGAUAAACAAUUUCUAUGAGUAAGAAUUAUCUUAUUAUUAUUAGUUUUGCAAGAGUCUAUGAAUUUGGAGAAUAUGUCAAUGACCUCAAGCAAGGCAUUUGGAAGUAUAUGUAUGAAAAUAAAUAAUUGUAAUAAAUUGUAUCAUGUAUUUAAAUUAGAGGUGGUGGGUAAUAUAAUUAGUAAGGCGAAAAAAAUGGUAAAUGGAUUGUGUUGAGUGAUGUAUUUAGUGACACCUCAUAAAUCACAUAUAAUGGUGUCUAUAAAAAUGGGAAUAAAGUAGGCAGGUGGGAUAUCAUGUUUAGGUAAAAUUGUGAUUAAAGAUUUGAAAAUAUGUAAAUAAUUAUUGUUCAGCUUUUAGUGGCGGUGGAUUAUAUGAUGAACAUAGUUCCAAUAAAAGUGGGAAAUGGACUGAGUUGAGCGAUGGAUUUUCUGAUUAUUUUUAAGUUGUAUAAGUUGGUGAAUAUAAAAAUGGCCACAAAGUUGGUCGAUGGGACAUAUUGUCUAGGCAGAAUUAGAAAUAAAAAUUUUUAAUUAAGUAAUCAUCUAUUUACUUAAUUUUUAGUAUUGGAGGUGGAUCAUAUCAAGAGGGGAGUUCAAUUAAAAUUGGUAAAUGGGUUGAAUUGCAUGAUGCAAUAAAUAAUGACAUGCAAAUAACUUAUAAUGGAGAUUACAAAAAUGGGAAAAAAGUUGGAAGAUGGGAUGCUUACUUUUGGUUCAAUUGGGAUUAGAAAUUUUAAUUAAUGUAAAAAUAAUAAAAAGUUAAUUUUUAGUGGUGGUGGACUAUAUGAUGAUAAAACCUCCAUUAAAUUAGGAAGAUGGACCGAGUUGAGCGAUCGAUUUUCAAAGUAUUCAUAAGUUAUUAAUAUUGGUGAAUAUAAAGAUGGUAAGAAGAUUGGUAAAUGGGACACUUUAUUUAUGGAUGUUUAUCAUUACUCUAAAUACGAAGAAAUGUAUAUUAUAUUUUGAGAAUUUAGUGGAGGUGGAUUAUAUAAUGACGAAGGUUCAAUUAAGAUUGGAAAAUGGAUAGAAUUGAGUGAUGCAUUUACUGAUAAACAAUAAAUAACUUAUAUUGGAGAAUAUAAUAAUGGAAAAAAAAUUGGUAGAUGGAAUAUCAAUUUUUAAGGAGGAUGCUUGUAAACUUAAUCUAGUAAAUAAUAAUAUAGCGGUGGAGGAGCCUAUGAUGAAGAGAGUUAAUUGAAAAUUGGAAAAUGGAUUGAUUUGACAGAUAAUUUUACAUCCCAUUCAAUUGUCACAUAUAAUGGGGAAUAUAAAUAUGGUAAAAAGGUUGGAAGGUGGGAUAUAUUAUCCCAAAAAAACAAUCAGAAUGAAUACAUUUAAAUGUAAUAAUGAUGAUUUAACUAUAUGUAGAGGUGGUGGAUUAUAUGAUGAAAAGGGCUCAAUUAAAAUUGGAAGAUGGACAGAGUUGAGCGAUAGAUUUUCUGAUUAUUCUUAAGUUAUUUAUAUUGGGGAUUACAAUAAUGGCAAUAAAGUUGGUAAAUGGAAUAUCGAAUAUAGGCGCAUAUAGGAUGAGCCUUUUGAAGCCAUGUAAACUUAUAUAAUAUAAAAAGCGGUGGUGGAGAAUAUCAUUAAGAAAGCUUAAUAAAGAUUGGAAAAUGGAUUGAGUUGAGUGAUGGAUUUUGUCGUAGUUCUUAAGUGACUUUUAGUGGUGAGUAUAAAAACGGUAACAAAUUUGGUAGAUGGAACCCAUAGUAUAGAGACCUUUAGGAGUUAACUUUUUAAACAAUGUAACUUAUCGAUAUAUAAAAGUGGCGGUGGAUAAUAUGAAGAAGCAAGCUAAACUAAGAUUGGAAGAUGGAUAGAAUUGAGCGAGGGAUUUAGAUAAGAAUAUUAAGUCGUUUAUAAUGGUGAAUAUAAAUAAGGUGAUAAAUCUGGUUAAUGGAUUGUAAUGGAGAGAGAUUACUAAAAAAUGGAAAAAGGUUUUAUAAAAGUAAAAAAAAUAUCAUAUGAUCAUUGA